AUGCCAGUCACGCUGGCCAUGAACAACACAGCAUGUUCCAAGGCUCUUGGUCUGGCCGCCCUCGUGGCUAUUGCGAUCGUGUUUGGACUCAGCACCAUGAAUGCCAACCCCCAUGACAACACCAAUAUCGCCCGAAACAUCCACAACGAACGCCAUUCCAACAUCACCAUCUACGAGCCCCCCUACAACACACAUAACGCCCCUCACUCAAACCUCACAGCCCGCGACACCAUCUGGGAAGACAAAGUCUACAAAGGCCACUGGCUAGCCUGCCUCAUGAACGCCCAGCCCGAACACGUUGAACAAUCCCACUUCACAACCAACGCCGACCUCACACAGAACGGAUGGCAAACCACCGAGCGCCCAGCCGCCAACCAAAGAACCUUCAACCUCCGAGGCUACGUCGGCGCCCUGAAAGGCUUAGGCCUCGACACGAACUUCGAACACUGGAUCACUGUCCAAGGGAGACAUGCCGGCACAGGUGGCCAGUACACGAACGCCUACAAUCCAUGGGGUGGGAUCCUUAUUGCGGAGUCGAAUCACGGGCCGGACUUCGUUAUUGGGGAGAGGACGAAGAAGGGAAUAGCGGUUGGCCCGGCCCCGGCGCUGAAGAAUUGGUCUGAUGUGGUGUUCCUGGUUUGGGCUAUGCUCUGUCGUCGAAGCAACAUCGACCAGAAUCCGCAGGGCUUGGAGCAUGUUUUCCGGAGUAUGGUUGUCAAUGAGGCGACGACGGAGACGCUUCGACAAGCGCGAGGGAAUGGGAAUAGUGAUGGUGUUGAUGACUUUCCUCCUAAGUGGCCAGGAUGGUCAUGGAAUAUCGAUACUGACCCCGGUCGAGCUGCGAUAAGCACGCGCAACGGCGUAGGAGUGGCGUACUUCCUCUUCCAACACAAGGAGGCGCUCGGCAUAAAGGUAGUCGAUCGCAUCCAUGCGUUCAACUGCCCAGAUUACACUGAGGCGCCAAAGUUUUGCAUGUACAUGCACCUCGUGGACGGACCUAUCGAUGACAUUUGA